GUGUGUAAACGGCCUAUUGAAAGGCUAAAUGUCGUAUUUACCUAUUUUAUCUCUGAACUUUUCAUAUGUUUUGCCACUACCUCCAAUUUACUGUAUUCUGGAAUCUGUGUGAAAUUACAAGAAAAGAUUAAGCUGAAGAAGACUUAACAAAGGUUGAAAGAAAUCACUUUAAGGCGGUCGCAUCACGUACUGGUACUACUGAAAGGGCAAUGUUUGCAAAAAAGAAAAAGAAACCACAAAUAUCAACCCCAACAAAUUUUGAACAUCGUGUACACACUGGAUUUGACAAGCGAGAAGGAAAGUUUAUCGGACUUCCAUUACAAUGGGCUUCUAUAGUAGGAAACAAUCAAAUUUUGAAAUCUACAAACAGACCAUUACCUCUAGUGGAUCCCAGUGAAAUAACACCCACGGAAAUUCUUGAUUUGAAGACUAUUGUCAGAGGUCAUAAUGAUCUUAAAGGAAGGAUAUGUUUUAGCGAUAAAACUACAGAAAAUGGAUUACCCAAAACUGGUACUGUUGCUAGAUCUAAUUCUCUUCGUUCUUCAAGCCCACCAAGACUCAGGAGGGAUUACAGGCAUAAUAGUAAUCUACCACCUUCUGUGCCAGAAGGUCAAGAAGUAUCAUCCAGUACGAAUCAAAUACAGGGAUACAGUAAUUUUGCAAAGCAGCAUAAUUAUGUUGAGAAGUUACGUCAAAAUUCACCCAAUGUUGCGACUGGAUUAAAUCCUAAUGUACAAAAUAUGAUUCCAAAUCUUCAAAAUCUCAAUCCAAACAUGCAGUCAUCUCCAAACUUAACUCAGACAGGAUCCAAUGCUCCAAAUCUAUCUUUAAAUUUUCAAAAUUUAAGUCCUAUUAUGAACCCACAAAGUCCUGUGUCAAGUCCAUGUACCCCUCAACUUGCAGAUCCUGAUUUUCACAAACUGAACUCUCAAUUAACAAUAACGUCUAGCCAAUAUAAUGGAAAUAUUCAGGUUUUGUCAAAUACUGAGUCAUCCGCGAGGGACCAACAGGCAGCUCAAAAUGUUGCUGUGCAAAAGAUGCAACCCAAAAUUUCACCAGUUGGAUCCAUUGCUUCGCAACGACCUUUAAGUCAAUUAAGUUCGCAUAACAUCAACAAGUAUUCGCAAGUGUAUAGUAUGCAAGAAAAUUCAUCAGUUUUACCAUCUCAAAUGAAGAAGCCUAUUGAGAUAUCUCAGUCAAUGCAUAAUUUAUCCAAAUCAAACGUACCAUCCUCUGGAAGUAGUUCGACUCCAGAUCAAAAUCAAAAUAUGAAAAGUGCCUUAUCUUCUGGGAACCUAGCAGUUGGUUCAAGUUCAAGUGCUUCCACUAAACAAACAACAGCGGAACAAAGGCUUACACACGAACAAUUUCGAGCUGCUUUACAGAUGGUGGUAAGUCGAGGAGAUCCAAGAGAGAAUUUAGAAAAUUUCCUUAAAAUUGGAGAAGGUAGUACUGGAACAGUGUGUAUAGCAACCGAAAAGAAUACAAAUCGGCAAGUGGCAGUGAAGAAGAUGGACUUGAGAAAGCAGCAGAGGCGAGAAUUACUUUUCAAUGAAGUGGUUAUCAUGAGAGAUUAUCAUCAUCCGAACAUUGUUGAAAUGUAUGAUAGUUUUUUGGUGGAUGAUGAAUUGUGGGUUGUAAUGGAGUAUCUCGAGGGAGGAGCACUGACAGAUAUCGUUACGCAUUCGCGAAUGGAUGAAAGCCAGAUAGCUACAGUGUGUUCCCAGUGUUUGAAGCCACUUGCAUACUUGCAUUCACAAGGUGUCAUUCAUAGAGAUAUCAAAUCGGACUCUAUACUACUUACGGCUGACGGCAGGGUAAAGUUAUCCGAUUUUGGAUUUUGUGCUCAAGUUUCCCAAGAAUUGCCUAGGCGAAAGUCUCUUGUAGGAACACCGUACUGGAUGAGUCCUGAAGUUAUUUCAAGGUUACCAUACGGACCCGAAGUAGAUAUUUGGUCAUUAGGUAUAAUGAUUAUUGAAAUGGUUGACGGAGAGCCACCUUUUUUCAACGAACCGCCUUUACAAGCCAUGCGACGUAUCAGAGAUAUGCCUCCACCAAAAUUGAAAAACUCUCACAAAGUCAGUCCACGUCUUCAAGGUUUUCUUGAAAGAAUGCUUGUUCGUGAUCCGGCGCAGAGAGCUACGGCUACUGAAUUAUUACAACAUCCAUUUCUUAGACAAGCUCAAAGCCCGAGUAUUUUGAUUCCAUUGAUGAGAGGUUCCAGACACACCAACUGUUGA